AUGGCCUCUUUGGGUUGGCGCUGGCGGCGCUGCUGCUCUUGGAGAGCAGCCUCGGGAACCCCCGGGCUCGGCGCCUUGCGGGGCUCGCCCGACGGCCGGGGAUGGCCGGUCCCCGCCCGCCCAGCAGCCGGCUUCCAGUGUCAGAUGCCUAAUUUCAAUCUUGUGAGAUGUUUAUUAUCCUUCCCGAACAAACACAGUAUAUCACGGUUUCAUCACACAACUCGGGUGGUGGGCUGCUAUCGUAAAACACAGAGUGGUGAGAAAUAUACAGACCCUUUUAAACUUGGUCGAAGAGACUUGACUGAUUUAUAUGAAGAUAUUAAAAAGGAAUUAUUGGUAUCUACAACAGAACUUAAGGAAAUGUGUGAAUACUACUUUGAUGGCAGAGGAAAAGCUUUUCGACCAAUUGUCGUGGUGCUAAUGGCCCGAGCUUGCAAUGUUCAUCAUAACAAUUGCCGUGAUAUGCAAGCAAGUCAGCGUUCCAUAGCCUUAAUUGCAGAAAUGAUCCACACCGCUAGUCUGGUUCAUGAUGACAUUAUUGAUGAUGCAAGCUCUCGAAGAGGAAAGCACACAGUUAAUCAGAUCUGGGGUGAAAAAAAGGCUGUUCUUGCUGGCGAUUUUAUCCUCUCUGCAGCUUCUGUAGCUUUGGCACGAAUUGGAAAUACAACAAUUGUUUCUGUUUUAACACAGGUCAUUGAAGACUUGGUGCGUGGUGAAUUUCUUCAGCUAGGGUCAAAAGAAAAUGAGAAUGAGAGAUUUGCUCACUACAUUGAGAAGACCUUUAAGAAGACUGCAAGUCUCCUAGCCAACAGUUGUAAAGCAGUCUCCAUUCUAGGAUGUCCUGAUCCAGUGGUUCAUGAAAUAGCCUAUCAGUAUGGAAAAAAUAUUGGCAUUGCAUUUCAGUUGAUAGAUGACGUGUUGGAUUUCACUUCCUGUACUGACCAGCUAGGCAAACCAACAGCAGCCGAUCUGAAACUUGGAUUAGCCACUGGUCCUGUCUUAUUUGCUUGCCAGCAGUUCCCAGAAAUGAACGCAAUGAUAAUGAGACGGUUCAAUCUACCAGGAGACGUGGAGCGUGCUCAGCAAUACGUAUUGCAAAGUGACGGUGUGCAACAAACAACCUACCUCGCCCAACAAUAUUGCCAUAAAGCAAUAAGAGAGAUUAGUAAACUCCGACCUUCGCCUGAAAGAGACGCCCUCAUCCAACUCACAGAAAUUGUACUUACACGGGAUAAAUGACAACUUUCCAUUUUCUGUGGCAGCUAUUUACCAGACUGUGCCUAAACAAUUUUAUGGAACACCUAUUUUUUUUUCUUUUUAUGCUUUCAGUGAUUGAUUGAUUACCAAAACCUUUUUUUAAAAUCAUUUCAACCUUGUUUAUUGGUGUUUUUUUAAAAGAACUUUUUAAAGCCAGUUGUAUUGAAGGAAGCCAUAACUAUGUCAUUAAACCACCUGAAUCUGUCCUUGGUUCUAGUUCUGUAAACUUUAAUGGGGGAUAUUAUUUAUGUGUGAUUGUUUACAAUGUUAAUCCACAUGUAAGGCCACAAUAAGAAUAAAUAAUCAAUGUUUAAAUGAUUUGGGUUUUUCACCUUUCCUGCACGACAUUUGGAAAUACAAAGGUUACAGAAAGACAGCAACUUCAUUAUUUAAGCUUAAAUUUUGGUUAUAUUUAACAGUACCCAAAAUUGUAUAUAGGAGAAUGAUUUAUUAUAAAAGACUGUACAUAAAAUUUAGACAAUAGGUUAUAUACAAAUUAAGAAAAUUUUCCAAUCGAUAACAGUGAAAUGAAAGUUAUUUAAUCACUAAUGAUACUGAAAUCAUGUUACAAUAAACAAAAGGAAUUAACCAGUCGCAUUGACCUAGGAUGAAAUAAAAAGGUAUUUCUCUAAUUUUCAGAAACAAAUGUUUUAUACUGAUCUUUUUCAUUCACUGUGCCAAAAUCUGCAAUACCUGAUACAACUGACUAUACUCUGAAAUUCAAACAAGUCCUCAAUACACAGAAACCCACAUUGAGUGUCUACCUUAGAUAGCCUAAGUAAUAUAGAUUUGGACAAGACAAGAACAGAAAUGUCACCUCUGAAGAUUUGACCAAAAGCCCUUCCUUAAAUCAAGAGGAGACACACAAAGUGCACGUGAUACUUUUAAUGACAAAUGAAGUCUCUGCUUUGGGGAUGGUCCCUGUUUAUUCUGAUCUAACAACGCAACUAUUGUGUUCCCUACUUGACCUUGUUUGUUUUGGGUUGUCUCAACCAGACAAUAGAUUUAAUAGUGCCAGUACAAAAGUCAAUGGCAUCUUUUUCCUUUUUUUUUUUUUUUUAAACCCUUCUCUUCUGGCUUAGAAUCAGUACUCAAAUUGGUUCCAAGG